UCUCCUGGAUUUGAAGCUCUUGAAGAUAUUCAAAUACUCAAAUUCUCCAAGAUGCAGAUCUUCGUUAAGACCCUCGAAGGAAAGACCAUGACCCAGGAGGCGGAAAGCUCAAACACCAUCUCUCUUGUUAAGUCUAAGAUCCAAGACCAGCUACGUCUGACCUUCGCUGAAAAGCAACGCGAGAGCUCAAACACUAUUGGCAACGUCAUGGCCAAGAAGGUGGGUAUUGCCCCAGACCAGCAAAGGCUUAUUUUUGCUGGAAAGCAGCUCGAAGACGACCGAACCCUAGCUGACUACAACAUCCAGAAGGGAUCCACCCUUAACCUUGUGCUCCGAUUGAGGGGAGGGAUGCAGAUCCUAGUUAAAACUUUGACUGGCAAAACCAUCACCCUUGAGGUGGAGAGCUUAGGCACAAUUGGCAACCUCAAGGACAUGAUCCAGGACAAGGAGGGUAUUCCCCAAGACAAGCAGAGUCUGAUUUAUUGUGGUAAAGAGCUUGAAGAUGGGAGAACCCUUGCUGAUUAUAAAAUCCAGAAUGAUUCGACCCUACGCCUUGUGCUGCGUCUGAAGGCGUUUGACAACGUGAAGCCUAAGACUCAAGACAAAGAGGGCAUGGCCAUUCCCCUGCCCUGCAGAGACUGAUUGAGGCUUUCUCUCUCUCUCUCUCUCUCUCUAAGCCCCCUUACAUGUUUUGCUGUUUCUGAGUUGUGUCUUAGCAAGUCUUGUAAGGGAUGAUGAGUCUCUCAUGUAGGGUUCCCUCCUCCUUUCUCUCCUCUCAUGUGUGGGGUUGUCCUGAUGCAAUGCGUCUCCAUUGUUGUCCUUAUUUUUGCUCUAUUGAGAUUGUCCGGAUGCUAUUUUAUUUUUGAGUAUUUGUUAUUUUUUUAUUUUUCU